ACUGGGUCCACCUGGACUCGCCUUCCGAAGUGUGUUCCUUCCCUAAAGGUUUUGGGACCUUCACGGAUAGGAAAUACGAUAAUGUGUACAGGGAGCGCAGAAACAAAGAGAAAUGUGGUAACGUGCACCUACAUUUCCAAGUCCGUUCUUACAAAUCAAGUAUGUAAUAGAUGCGGGGACCUAGCGACACAGAGGUGACUAAAAUGCCCUGCCCCUCAUACUUCAAUGAGAGAAGGGAGGAAAAAAAAUUAAUGGAAAUAUACUCGCCAAUUUAUCUUCUCAAAGAAAUGGCUCUUUAAAGAGAGAAACAUGCAAACAGGCAACCUCCCUCUCUAUAGGGUUUCCUCUUAGUUUUGAUGAGAUAAGCAAACUAACUUUGAAAGAUGAGGUUUGUGAAACCAAUCCCAAUCUUGAGUACCGGUGAACCGGAAAAAGCAUUUAAUUGGAUAGAAACUAUGCCUGUUUAGUUCCCUGGUAUUAGAACUGCUAAGUCGAGGUAGGCGGUCAAUAGUUGGGGAAUGAAUAAAUGGGACUAUCCAUUAUGUUGAAGCUAUGUGACUUUUUAGAGGUGCUUGCGGAAUAGAAGGGAAAUGCUGAUAAUUGAAUGUCAACACGAGCCCCUUGUCUAGUUGAAAUAUACAAGGUUACGAAAGGUUACUAAUCCAACGUAGCCGCAUUCCACGACACUGGUAUUCAACAGAAUUGAGUUUCUUCCGUCCCCCAACUUUUCAGAAACAAGUUAAGGAAGAGAUUAACCCAUAUUGCAAGGUGGAAAGGGAAAAGAAGUCUUUUAGUAAACAAAACCACGCUCCUUAACAAAUAUUGCUUUCCAAAGGAGGAGGAUUCACAAUAUAAAAUCCACACACCCAUUUUCCCUCCUGCCACCUUUACAAAACCAAAGUCAAAACCAAGCCUUUAAGUCUUCUGCGCGCGCCUCAAAUUGGCCCCUCCGGGGAGUGGUAGGGGUGAUGUCAUCACGGCGCGACCGCAGGAAGUAAGUUCCAGAUGUUCAGUGUACUUCAGGAUCCUGGAGCUUGUGCGUCCAGCAUAAUAGCUAUAAUCCCCUUACUCCUCUAUCUCUGCACCACAUGGAUAGUGCCCGAAAGUCGCCCACGGACAGCGGUGGAGAGACGAGGGAGGCAGACGAAACGGUCGCUGCUCCCGGGGACUUGGUGGCUACCGAUACCGAUGGAAUCCCAGAGGAAACUGAGGGAGACGGAGAUGCGAACUUGAAAGAAGGUGCAGCGGAGGAAGGCGAGCUCAAGACUCAUGAUGUCUCAGAUUUAACAGCAAUUGAAAGGGAAGACUCAUCAUUACUAACUCCUGCAGCCAAAAAACUGAAAAUAGAUACCAAAGAAAAGAAAGAGAAAAAGCAAAAAGUGGAUGAAGAUGAGAUUCAGAAGAUGCAAAUCCUGGUCUCUUCUUUUUCUGAGGAGCAGCUGAACCGUUAUGAAAUGUAUCGCCGGUCAGCUUUCCCUAAGGCAGCCAUUAAAAGGCUGAUCCAGUCUAUCACUGGCACCUCUGUGUCUCAGAAUGUUGUUAUUGCCAUGUCUGGUAUUUCCAAGGUUUUCGUCGGGGAAGUUGUAGAAGAAGCCCUGGAUGUGUGUGAGAAGUGGGGAGAAAUGCCACCACUACAACCCAAACAUAUGAGGGAGGCUGUUCGAAGGUUAAAGUCAAAGGGACAAAUCCCUAACUCGAAGCACAAGAAAAUUAUCUUCUUCUAGACCGAAGUCUAGAAAUAUCUAUUACUGACAGAAGAAGUACAUUCCAGACUUCCUAUUAAAUGAGACUUUCUGCACUGGUGCUUUAGUAUCUCUAGUCCUCCAAGGAUUUCAUGAUUUGAAUAUUUUUCUCAAAACUCUUAAUAUCUGUAUAUGCAGAAAGUAUACAGCUUAUUUCAUACUUGUCUUGACUAAUUUUGGGACCCCUUAUGGUAUUUUGAGGUAAUUUUCUCUUGGCUAGUUGGAAGAAAGGUGCCUGGGCCUUAACCAUCUUCUGGACAGGAGAGCUGCUUUCAGAGAGAGAAAACCUUUCUGAGACAGCUUUGAUGGUUUCACAUUGAAGCUUAAAUUAAGAUGCUAAGAUAGGUUUUUUCCAAUGUCUGGUUUUAAGUAGAUGAAACCAUCAGAAUGUUUGACUUGGGAUUCCCUAUCAUGAGGAACGUGAUAGUAGCAGUACUAAUAAUUUGUGCUUAUAAAGAUUUAAGAUUCUCUUAUGGAUUUUUUGAGUGAUCAUUAAACGGUUUUCCAAUUUG